GGGAAGGCAGGAGCCAGGUGCUUCUCCUGGUCUCCCAUGGGGUGCAGGGCCCAGGCACUUGGGCCAUCCUCCACUGUACUCCCUGGCCACAGCAGAGAGCUGGCCUGGAAGUGGGGCAACUAGGACAGAAUCCGGCGCCCCCGGUCGGUGUGCCGGCGCCGCAGCCCAUUCUUGAAUAGGCCCCUAUAUGGGAUGCGGCACUGCCGGCAGUGGCCUUACCUGCUGCAGCACAGCGCUGGCCCCCCUAGGUAAGUCUUAAGUGAUAUCUCUGGAUAGUUGGUUUUUCUCUUAUAAUUUCAUAACGUAAUUUACAUAUUUCCAUUGUAGCAUUUAUUACCGACUGUCUGUGUCUGAUGGUUCCCACAGAACCCUUGAUCUGUUGGGAAACUGUUUUAUGUUCAUCUCUGAUGAAUCUCCAACUGUGGAGAUACUGAAUGAUUGAGAUGGCUAUUGAAUAAACAUCUACUGAGAUCACCAGGUGUAAGAGUAGGAGUAAAAGAGAACGAGCAUUUACGAGUUCCCUCCUGUAUGCUAAAUAUAGUGCUAAAUGUUCUGCAAUAUUUAAUGCUCAUUAAGGCCUUAUUAAAUACAUAGAUGGGCGUACUGUUGGGCUGCAGAGAGAUCACAUCCUCCUGAGACCGCUAACUUUUGGCAUAAAUAACUGAUGCCAUUCCUUUCUGAGCCGUCUGGACCUGGGCUUUGUUGGCAUAGCGCUCCCGUUUCCGUGGAAACAGAGGUCUCGCAGGGGUCAAGGGAGGCAGGAAGUGAGAUCUGCACUUCCGGUUUACGUCGGAGACGCCGGCAACCCGGAAGUUGUCGCCGGGGAGUUGCACAUGGCCGCUGAUCCAGAGAAUGCCGCUUGUAGUUUUUUGCGGGUUACCUUGCAGCGGCAAGAGCCGGCGUGCUGAACAACUGCGCGCGGCGCUGACGGCCGAGGGCCGCGCGGUGUAUGUGGUGGAUGACGCAUCGGUGCUGGGUGCGGAGGACGCGACAGUGUACGGCGACUCUGCCCGUGAGAAAGCGUUGCGCGGGGCCCUGCGGGCCUCGGUGGAGCGGCGCCUGAAUCGCCAUGACGUAGUUAUCCUGGACUCGCUGAACUACGUCAAGGGCUUCCGCUACGAGCUCUACUGCCUGGCUCGGGCGGCGCGCACCCCUCUCUGCCUCGUCUACUGCGUACAGCCCGGGCGUUCCAGCGGGGGACCUCAGGUGGCGGGUGCAGAGGAGAGCCGGAGCCCGAACGUCAGUGUGAGUUGGAGGCCGCGCGCUGAGGAGGGCGGGAGACCUCAGGCGCCGGGAACCAAUGUCUUCGGGGAACCGACUGCGGCGAGCUCCGCAGUAAAUGGGAAAGCCCAGGCGGACGUGGCGACGGAACUGGAGCCCGAGGAAACCGGGACACCAGAUAGUCCAGCCCUCGUGAGUCCGGAACCCGAGAAAUCUGCCAAGCAUACGCCCAGUGCCUUUUACCCCCCUGAACUUCUGGAGGCCCUAACGCUGCGGUUUGAAGCUCCCGAUUCUCGGAACCGCUGGGACCGGCCCUUGUUCACCUUGGUGGGCUUGGAGGAGCCGUUGCCCUUGGCGGAGAUUCAAGCUGCCCUGUUUGAAAACCGAGCCCCUCCACCCCAUCAAUCCACGCAGUCCCAGCCACUCGCCUCCGGCAGCUUUCUGCACCAGUUAGACCAGGUCACCAGCCAGGUGUUGGCCGGACUGAUGGAAGCGCAGAAGGGCGCCGUUCCCGGGGACUUGCUCAUGCUUCCUGGCACCACGGAGCAUCUGCGGUUUACUCGGCCCCUGACCAUGGCAGAACUGAGUCGCCUCCGUCGCCAGUUUAUUUCCUACACUAAAAUGCAUCCAAACAAUGAGAACCUGCCUCAGCUGGCCAACAUGUUUCUUCAGUAUCUGAGCCAGAGCCUGCUCUGAGCAGAGGGGAAAGUCGUGACUUCAUCUCAACUUUACUUGUAUUGUCCCUGAUUCUGUGCCAGCCCUUGAGUUUACAGGCAGGUUGAACCUGGAGAGACGCGAGAACGAGCUCAGGUGGACAGUGUCCGCUUAGACUGGAUUGUGCUUGGGAUAGCGCAACACCACUGAUUUCCUGCACCUGAGCUGUGGAGGGCAGCCUGGAGCAGAAGUGUUUCCAAAGUAUUGUGCACAGAAACCGAAGAUGGCACAGUUCUGCCUCAGCACUGUUGCUUCCUUCAUAUGACAGUUUUUAAGUCCUGUGCUUACUUUUUGCUAGUUUCUAUCCUUGCAGUGGGUUCACAGUUAAAUCCACUUGGUUUCUGUUUUUAGGAAACAUUGAUUUUGUGAAAGUGAAACUAAAUUAUUCUAAUAAAAUCUUUUGAAAGUA